AUGCAGGCCAGCUCCAGGCAUACCCAUGUGACAAGAGGAUGUUCCACCCUGGAGUCUGCUGUCCAGCCUGUCAGCUGGAGUCUGCAACAGGUGUGUGACCACCACUGUGUCUGGGUCAACAACUGCAUCAGAGCUCAGAACACCUGGUACUUCCUUCUCUACCUGUUGAGUGUGUGUGUCAUGACAGCAGACAUGGUACUACUGACGGGGGACAUGUUACUGCACGCUGUGGUGCGGUCAGGCAUCCUACGAGGCCGUUAUGUAGAUGAUGAUGGGCAGCAACGGCAGGCAGGGAUGCUCUUUGUCAUACAGGACAACGGGCCAGCAGUGUCCUACCGGUUCCCACACAAGACAUUCUGGGUGACCCUCAGUGCCACUCUCCUCCUUGUCAUCAUCGCCCUCAGCAUCAUGGGGCAUCUAUGGCUCAGACAGCCGGACGAAGAGUCUUUACAGGUUGUUAGAAUCACAGUUCCGGAUCAGACUGGAACCCUGAUCAAUCGAUCAGCAUUGGUGGACAAGCACAACAACCUGGUGACCUAUUCUGUGACCUCACAGGCCAACCACACGUCCACCGUGCUCUUUGAUGUCAAACAUGGUUUGAUAUGUUACAAGCCUGAGAACCGGGAUACUUGCUUCCUGCGUAAGAUGGAGAGAUCUGAUUAUGAAAAUGUGCACUCCCUCCUCCAGCAAUCAACGCAACAGGUAAAGAUGUGGGUGUUGUUGGGGAAUGAGACCCAGAGACAGACAGAGUUUCUGGGGGUGAUGGGGGGCAGUCAGGUGGACGUGCCCACCCUGGAGGAGCCUCUACAGGCCCUGUGUCAAAAAAACUCCAUCCACUGGACCAGGAGACACAACAGUCCAGGUAAACAGCGUUUAGUCUACUUCUGCAUAGACAUCUGCUUCCCUAGUAACAUCUGUGUGUCUGUCUGCUUCUACUCCCUGCCGGAGUGACCUGCCAUCAUCCAGUCUCAGGCAGCACAUACCAGCGCUUAUCAGGGAAACAAAGUGCUACUUCUCAUCCCCGCUAAGAAACCGGAGUGUCGCCGGCUCCAAAAAACACUGAAUACAACCGGGGAACAGGAGCUGGCUUUCACUCUCAAUACUGCAGCCCCUGCCACCUUAGUCCCUCCUAUGCCUCCGCUCCAGUCCUUUCCCUUCUGAGAGAUAAGCGACGGUAACAAGCUGUGAAGUUUAUCUGCAGA